AAGAAAAAACAGAGUGUGGAGGAAGCCUCGCCCAGUCCGGUUGUUCUUCUAACACACAAACUCGACCGUAACUCAGAGUAAAACUACUUUGCCGACAUGUUAUUGUUGUACGCGACUGUUGCCUGGGUCUUGUUUGGUGGUUCAUCCUCUGAUGUUACGCCUGAAGAAAAGUGCUAUGGCACAAGUUUGACUUUACCAUUUUCCUAUACACCACCUCUUUUCAAUGGACAGUUGUACUUCACUCCGACUAAAUGGGGAUCCAGGAAGCUACUGAUGGAUAAGGGGGAGGAAAAGCACCCACGCCUCAAAGUUCAGAUUGGCUCAGUUAGAUUCACAGAUUUGACAGAAAGGGAUGAAGGAACUUUUUCCAUCUCAUAUAACAAUGAUGCACGAUACGAUGUCGUCAAACUGACAAUUAGGGAUUGUGCUGACAAGGUAGUGAAGUAUUACAGGGACGUAUACUCGACUACGGUUCCUAGAAAGGCUGAAUUCCUGGAGUUCAUUCCCCUUCACAGUGUGGACCAGUUAAAGGUCUUGUGGAAUCGCACCGACCCUCAGACCAAUACCGGAGGCAGAGGGCGGUUUAGACGUAAUGUCUGGGAGAUAAGGAAUCUCAAUCAGGCAGACAUGGGCCACUACAACAUCAGAGCAAAAGACAACACUUUGCUGUCUAGGAUACUGCUGGAAGUCAGAGAGUUCAAAAGAGACUAUAUUACAAAGGUGAACGAGCGGCUCCUCAUCCUAAAUCCUCAGAGCAUUACCCCGUGGACUGUGGCUUUUACACCUGAGGGGGAAAAGGAAAAGCAAACAUUGAUGCAUGAAGGCAAUCUGUUCACAGAUUAUGACUUAGGAACUUUUACCGGGCGGAUGGUGGCUGUGUAUAACGGCAUAGAGAUUGACCCUGUGGAAAGCACAGACUCUGGCACCUUUGAGUUUAGAGACCAACAAGGCUACCUGGUCCAGACUGUGCAGGUGUCGGUAAACCCGGCUCUUACAGAAGAAUUUGCAACAGUUGCUUAUGUUGGUAUUGUUGUCGGGAUUAUCUUUGCUGUGAUCGUCUGCUGUUGCUGUGUGAGGAAGUGCUGUUGUAAAAAGAGCUCUUCCAAGAGGGCCGAGUCUGCUCCUCAGACUGCAGCCACACCUGCUGCGUAUUACCGUAAUACGAAUCCACCUGUGGCCCCAGGUUACUCUGCUGCACCUGCUCUAGAUCACUCUUCUCAUUACUCAAGGAAUGCCGUAGUUUCUAGAGAACGUACAACUAUCUCGCUUGAGCCAUCGGUUGCUCCUCUAGUAGGGCAGGGAGUCGAUCCAGCUCCUUUACUCGGCUCUGAUUGUCUCUCCUCGGACCCUGGGCCAAGGUUUGAGCUGAAAGGAGUGCAUUCUGCUCCCCCCCUCAGUUCAGGCUCAACUUUCUGUGAUGUGUAUACCUCAGAUAAACUCAACUUUCUGUAAGGAGCACACCAAAAACUCAAGUGAUGCAUUGUUGUAUCAAGCAUUGUACUUUGCGACACAGUCAUUUCAGUCCUUGAUAGGACUGUGUGAUAAAACGCACAUGAAAAAUGAAGUUCUUGUAAACUUACAAAAUCGUGGUGAUAAGUACACAGGUUAAGGACCUGUAGAGAAACAAGAUAUAAUAACCACUAUGUUGACCUGUGACAAGACUUAUCGUAGGCUAAACUGUGGGAUAUUCUCUUCCUUGCAAAAUAAAUCCAAACACAAAUGCAAUGUGAUCAAAGAAGUUUGAGGCAUGUUGAGUAACUCUUGAUAACUAAGCAGUAGAGGGCAGUAGUUAUACAAAUCAAUUUAAGAAUAACAUUAACUCACUGUAGCUCCAUACUGUAAUUAUUGUAGCAUGAACAGCUAUAAUCAGGAUAUCUGUGUGAAAUGUAAUAUUAAUGUGUGUUUUAAACUCAGGUUAUAUAAGGAAUUCAUAAAGUACACUUCCACCUGCUGCAAAGUGUAUCACAUGUAAGAGAAAUGUUACAAUGAUGACCUAAAGUGAGUCUGCA